AUGGGUUGGGAGGAGCAGCUGUGGACACACACGUCCAUGGUCAUGGUGGGCACAUCCAACCACAGCGACGCAGCUAUGCGCAGCUCCGCUGUCACCGCCAUCACCGUCACCAUCGCCAUCGACUGCACAGCCGCCAUCACACGCCGGCCGACAACGGCCCCAAUCUGGCGUGAGGCAGACAUUGCACAUGUCAGUCGCUCUGAUGAAGAGGUGAGCAAUGUGCGUGAGGCGCAUGAAGCUGUGGAACUAACGACGAUGACGAUGACGAUUGCUGGAGCAGCAACAGCUGAUGGCUGGCUGCAUUUGGAUGAACGGGCCCUCUGCCUCUGGGCCAUCUCCACCACCUCGUCGUCGUCAUCAUUUGUCACCAACAACAGCGGGUGCGGCCGUGGAUGUGGAGGGUGUAUUGUGCGUCGAUUUGCCGUUGCCUUGCAUGACGACGCUGCUGGUGGCGGUGAGACGGUGACCGAUCUCUUCCCAGGCCCCCAUGACACGAGCAGGGCGAUAAAUGCACACACAAAUGUGCAAGAAAAGAAGGCACAAGGUGAGAUGUUGGGGCUGUGUGUGUGUGUGUGUGUGUGUGUGUGUGUGU